CUGCUCCAAUGGACAAAGGUCUUCACUUCAUGUUCUUUGUGAUUACAACCAUGCUGCUCCUGAGAGAAUCAAGCCAGACAGGAGCUGCAAGGAAUGAUGAUGCUGUGAGGAAGGGCACUGACUCAAGGGGACCAGAAGAGGGUCGUCCAACUCUGACUGUCACAACAAUCCUGGAAGAUCCUUACGUGAUGGUGAGGAGUGCAGAGCUGGAGGGGUACUGCAUCGACCUGCUGACGGCCCUGGCUGCAAUGCUGCACUUCAGCUACAGGGUGAAGGUGGUGGGCGAUGGGCAGUAUGGAGCCCUCUCUCCCGGUGGGAACUGGACGGGGAUGGUUGGCGAGAUUUUGAGACAGGAAGCAGAUAUUGCAGUAGCUCCCUUGACAGUCACGUCGGCAAGGGAAGAGGUGGUCUCCUUCACCACACCGUUCCUGCAGACUGGGAUUGGGAUCUUGCUUCGCAAAGACACCGUCUCUCAGGAGAUGUCUUUCUUCCACUUCCUGGCUCCUUUCAGUAAGGAGACCUGGACUGGCCUUUUAUUUGCUUAUGUGCUGACGUGCAUCUGCCUCUUUCUUGUUGCCAGACUGAGCCCCUGUGAAUGGAAUGAGCCAAAAAAUGAAGAGAACCACUUUACCUUCUUAAACAGCCUCUGGUUUGGGGCAGGAGCCCUCGCCCUGCAAGGUGUCACCCCUCGGCCCAAAGCGCUCUCCGUGCGGGUCGUCGCUGCUGUCUGGUGGCUGUUCACCAUCGCCUUGCUGGCCGCCUACAUCGCCAACUUCACCGCUCUGCUGAGCUCCGGCAGCGAGCAGCUCCCAAUCCAGACUUUCGAGGAUCUUGUGAAGCAAAGAAACCUUGAAUUUGGGACACUGGACGGCUCCUCUACUUUCUACUUCUUCAAGAACUCCAAGAAUCCUAUUCAUCAGAUGAUCUAUGAAUACAUGGACAAGAGACGGGACCACGUUUUAGUCAAAACCUACCAGGAAGCUGUUCAGCGUGUGAUGGAAUCAAACUAUGCCUUCAUUGGUGAAUCCAUCUCUCAAGACCUUGCAGCUGCCAGGCACUGCAACUUGAUCAGAGCCCCAGAAGUUAUCGGAGCCAGAGGCUUUGGCAUCGCCACUCCGCAGGCAUCCCCGUGGACUAAGAAGCUCUCCAUUGCUGUCCUCAAGCUGCGGGAAUCGGGCGACCUGGACUACUUGCGCAACAAGUGGUGGGAGACCAGCUGCCUUCACAAGAGCAGGGACCGCUGGAGCCCUCUGCAGCCCCAGGCGCUGGGGGGGCUCUUCCUGACGCUCGCCAUCGGCCUCGCGCUCGGAGUGAUCGCAGCGGUGGUGGAGCUCUCCAACAAGUGCAGACACGCCGCGGGGCACGUGAAGAAAUCUUGUUGCUCCGUUUUCACAGAAGAAUUGUGCACUCGUCUACGUAUAAAAGAUAAUUCAAGACAAAGCCAGGAGACUUCAGGGAGGGCUAAUGUUUAGGAAUUUUUUGCAGAAGGCAUGGGCAUGUAUUAGCUUUAUGCCAUAUAUAUUUCAUAGGAACUACAUCAACGUAGAAAGAUGUUCUUCUGUGAGUCUAGA